GUUUAUGGCAUGUCUUUCACAAUUUACUUGCGACAGGCCUUUUUUAGGUCUAUUUGUUCUAAAGUCCCGUAUGGUUAAGGCAAAUCGAUCGAUUCGUGAGGAGUGGCUUAGUAAGGAAACCAUUUAAAGUUGUCGCUUGUUGCUGUCGAAGUUAGCAACAGAUAAGGUUUAACACUUCAGUGGUAUUAAGUUGACAGCUUGAUUGUUGUUUAAAUAUGUGCGAUGAUAACGCAAGCUAACUGAUGUCAUUAAAUAUGGAUACUCUACCUGCUGAAGACAUUUUACUGUCCUGUAAAAGUCUCCAUGAACUCGAGGCUGUCACGGACCGGUAUGUGCAAAUGGCAAACAUUUUCAAAGGCUUGCGUUCAACUAACUGUGAUCCCCACAUCAUUCAGCGCAUUAAACUUGAACUUCUUGAGACACGUUCGAACCUGUUGAAUCUACAAAACACACUAAAGCGGACUGCUCGCCGUGAAGAGGAGUGUCGAGCGAUGACUCAGUUUAUCAAGAGCUGCCGUUUAUAUGAAAUGAUCGAUGACAUGUUACUCGAUAUAGCAUUUCAAACGAAUGUGGACUCUAAGCCUGGAGCCAGCAUUGAACAGCUCAUGACUACAAGUGGAGUUCAAAAGAGUUCAAUAGAGACGUUGCAAAGUACUGGAGCAGCUGCCACUGGUGCCCUAAAAUCGUCUCCAGAACGCCGUGUUACCUCAAAGCCAAAACUUGUUACCAACGAUGAGUUAGCUCUAGUUCCCAGUUACCUACGGGGUCGGAUAACACUCGAUAAGCUGAAUGAAACAUACGAAAUGAUUCGUGAAGUGACUGAGCUCAAAUAUCAGCUCUUUAAGAAGAACAAAAAAACAAUAACUACGGAAGAGAGGGAGGCCAUCACCCGAAUGCGUGCAGAAACUGUACCUACACUUAAAGGACAGCGUUUCAUCACGGUGGCUGAUAUUAAAUUUUUCAAAGACCGCAUGAUGCCAAAAGCUACUCUGACCCAUUUAUCGAUCCUACGGAGUUUGCAUCGGCUUUACGAAAUUAGAGAUAAGAACGUUCUGCGCAUAGUUAUCGCGAUUUGAACAAGCAAGUAAAGAGAAAAAGAUGGGAAAUCUCAUUCAUUUUAGCAUUUUUUUAGGGAAAAUCGAUUGGGGACUAUAUUGUUGUCAGACAUUUCUUGUCAGAAUUGGAGCGAGUAAUAGAUUUCAGUCUCACUUCGACAAACAGCACGAAUUGAGUCUGUAUAGCCAAUAGGAUAUGGGAGAUUGCCUAGAAAUUCCCUUACAUCGUCAUAACGUAUAUAUACGGUUAUAUGACUAUUGGUAAUUUACUGGAGAUAAGCUGACAAAAAAUAGCUUGUUUUAACCAACUGUAUUUGUUUAUGUGUGAAUGGAAAUUAAAGAUUAACAAAGUA